AUGACUACUGCUUCCUUUGGAAGAUUAGUGCGAUUCCGCGCGAAGAACGGCACCAUAUAUUAUGGAGAAGUUGAGAGCCAAGAACUGAUCACGAAGGAGAGUUUGGCUGGGGCAGAAGUUACGGUAUAUAAUGGCCUCUCUCUAUGGGAUGAGUCUUGGAAGAUUACCAGUGAGCGCCAGAUAAUUAAAGAAGUGCUUUGUCCUCUUGAUUCCACUCCGAUAAUCCAUUGCAUCGGUGUGAAUUAUAGAAAACAUGCAGCAGAAUCUAAUCUCACUGUCGGCCCAAACACUGUGGCUUUCAUCAAGCCGGCCGAUACACUAGCGGGACCCUUUGAGGACAUUCAUGUGAAUUCGGAAUGUACCUGGAUGGAUUAUGAGGCAGAACUCUCCUUCAUUAUUGGCAGGGAUUGCAAGAAUGCUACCACCGAGAACGCACUGGAUUACAUUCUUGGCUAUACCGUGGGUAACGAUGUCUCUUCCCGCUAUUGGCAAAUGCCAGAGCGCUCCGGCCACCAGCAUGGGGCUGCAAAGGGGUUUGACAAGUUUGCACCAAUUGGCCCAGUAAUUGUCUCCCCACGCAUUCUCGGUGAUCCGCACAACCUGGGGAUGACAACCAAAGUCAACGGUGUUGUGAGGCAACAAACAAACACCGACGACAUGAUUUUCCAAAUCCCCUCCAUCAUUCAGCACCUUAGUCGUGGAACAACGCUUCGGCGGGGAACAGUGGUUAUGACUGGUACGCCAUCAGGUGUAGCGGCUUUUAUGAAGCCGCAAGCGUGGCUCAAUAAUGGAGACGUCGUAGAGGUGGAAAUUGAUAGCAUCGGGUAA